AUGGUCCGCAGAGCAGUGUUUGCCAGAGCUAUUUCUUCAGAUGAGGACAUUCAGGAGACCAUUUUGGAAAGCCUUGACUCCCACGAGGAUUCCCACACUCCACCUUUCAUUAGAGCAGCAGAUGGUUUGUCUGUGGAGGAAAUGGCAGGCAUCCUCUCUGCUCACAGUGAGUGUGGUGGUCCCACCCUCAAGGACAAUCUUCAUAAGCAGGAAGGUGGUGUGGAAAACUGCAUAGAAGAUGCCAUCGAUGAAGGUGGGCCAAGAAGGGAGUUCUUCAGGCUCCUUGGAAAGGCCAUUUUUGAGAACAGUGGAGGCUUUCAAGAGAUGAGCAAUGGAUUUGUUCCAAAAGUAAAUGUCAGCCUCAUACGCAAGGGCACUUUCCAAGUCAUCGGACAGAUGCUCGCCACCAUUAUAGUUCAAGGAGGUCAAGCACCAUCCUUUUUCGCUCCAUCAAUGGUGGAUUACAUUUUGUCUGGGGACAUGAGACAAACCCAAGUGCACCUGGAAGACAUUCCUGAGGUGGAUGUCAGGGAAUCACUGCGUAAGAUUGAAAUGUCUGCCAAUGAAGCAGAGCUUCAGGAGGCACUUGAUGGCUGCGAGUGGCGCUACACCAUUGAAGGAUGGCCAAGUGCAAUAUCAUUAAACGCCAAAUCGGACUUCGUUCGAGCCGCCACAGAAUACUGGGGAAUUGUGCACAGGAAACCAUGCCUGGAUGAGCUCAUUUGUGGCUUGUCUCAUUAUGGGGUACUGGACCUUCUUCGACAGCACUGAGGCAUGAGGGCUUUAUUGGAUCUUCAGCGCCUGUCCAGCAAUGUGGACACCGUGGCCGGUCUUUUUAAGCCCUCAUAUUCG